AACUCUCCUUCAAAUGCUCCAUCAGCCCCGAGCAAUCCCUCGCUUUCUGCACCGUCGACCAUCAACCAUAUCCUACUGUGUGCUCACACCAGCUUAGAACGUCUUCGCGUGUGUACAGACGGCCAGAUCGACUUGCGUGUCCUCGUUUAGUAUCCCGUGCUAGAUUGGCCUCAUCUUCACCAUACUUCUUCGUAACAUAAGCCAGUAGGCGAUUUAAGUACAUCUAUAUAUUCGAAAUUUAAAUAUCUUCUAGUUUCUCCCGUGGUCUUGAACCUCGCGCCGCAUCUCAGGAAGCGGCUCCGCUCAGUGCAGACCAGAACCCACAACCAGACGGCCCUUGGUGUCCCGUUUGCUUCAGUAGCCCAAACACCGCAACCAUGAGCACGUCGCCGCUGCUGGCCAAGACGGCCAAAGACGCCUUUAUCGAAGUCAUGCUUAUGCCCGGCGGCAAUCUCGAGGCAGUCGAGGCGCUCUUCGCGUGCUGCCAGGUGGACGUCUUCGUUCACUCCAUGGCGCGUCUGCGCGCCGCCGCCGCCAACAAGCGCCAGAUGCUGGGCCUCGUGUCGCCACCGCAGCUCAUGCACGCCGAGCCGUACACCGUCCGCGACAUGCUUACAUUCCAGCCGGACCCCUUCCCCCACCCCAUGCUCCGCCUGCACCGCGCGCUGCAGGAGCCCGCCGCGCGGCUCUUCGGGGACGUGCUGCGCUUCAUGGGGCUCGCGGGGGGCGCGGAGGGCACCGGCGCAACCUUCAUCGGCGGAGCCCCCGGCGCGGGGAGGCUGACGUUGGCGGGGGAGAUUGCGCUGGUUGCGCGCGUGCUGCACACGAUUGGCGAAGAGCCGCUGCUUCGCGACGAGCUGUUCCUGCAGUUACAAAAGCAGACGCGUGCGAAUGACUAUCGCGAUUCCUGCCUCAAGGCGUGGGAGCUCAUGCGCCACUGCGCGUACAUCUUUCCGCCAACCACCACGGUCGCGACGCCCCUAGUCGACUAUUUCACCGCGCUCGCCGCCGACCCCAAGUGCGACCCGGGAAUCCUGGCCGCGAUGCGGCUGACGUGGAAGGCGCUCGAGCACGGGCUGGAGCACGGGGCGCGCAAGACUAUACCGGGGGAGGAGGAGGUCCGCGCGCUUAUAACGGGGUCGCCUAUGGUGGUGCCGGUGUUUCUGUGCAACGACGCGCCGGAGAACAUUCACUAUGGGCCCACUACGACAGUGGAGGAAGCGGUCAAGAUCCUCUGUCGCAAGCUCCAGGUUUCCGCCUCUUCCCCCUUCGCCAUGUACACCAGCCGCGCCACGCGCCCGCUCGUUGGCUCCGCGGGUUCCGCCUCUCCCGCCCCUGGCGGAAAGAAGGGCGCCGCCAUUCCGCCCGCCGUCGUGGAGCACGUGCUGCUGCCGCGCAGUGCCUAUGUCUCUGACUUGCUGGUAGACUACGGCACAGCAGCGCAAGUGGGGCAGUCGCGCGGCCAGCAGGUGGUCUGCAAGCUGCUGCUGCGCAAGCGCUGGUUCGAGCGCGCCGAUGCUGACGUGGCGGAGCGCCAGUUCGUGCGCCUGUGCUACGUGCAGCUGCGCCGUGACUACAUGCAGAGCCGCUACCUCGUUACAGCGGAGGGCGCGGUCGUGCUGGCCGCGCUGCAGAUCGCAGCAGAGAUUGGCGUCAUCCCCGACCCCCUUGACGCUCCCGAGUGGCUCGUCCUGAUGACCAAGUCAGUGCCCGCCAUUGUGGCUGGCGCCAUGAGUGAGGACGAGUGGGCCAAGCAGAUUGCCGCCCAGUACAAGACCCUGUGGUCGCUGGACCACGAGGGCACGAUGAGGGAGUUCACGCGCAUCAUCCUCGACAGCCCACAUGGCGGCUCCAUCUUCUUCCCCCUCCGCGCCCACCCCGACUUUGCUCCUAACUUCCCCAAGAGGGUGGAAGUGGGGGUCAACCACAAUGGACUCCACUUCCUCAACACCGAGGACCACUCCCUGGUGCAUGAGGCCGAGCUGAAGGACAUUGCCGAGUAUGCCGGCAAGCCCGGGCGCGUCUACUUCUGCCUUCUCAUGCGCAACCAGCUCUGCUCGCUCGAGUUCGCUACCAAGGGGGGAGACGAGAUCACCCAGCUGUUGGACCGCCACAUUGCCAACGCCGUUCGGCAAGCAAGGGGAGAGCAAGGAGGGGUUGAGAGCGAGAGGGAGAGGGAGGAGGAGGUGGUGGUGGGCGUGGAGAAGGGGAGGGUGAUUGUGCGGCAGGAGGGGAUGCUCAUGCCAUCGCUUCGGCUCUCACAAGCAGCAGCCGUCUCUCACGGUUCCCGCCCUCGCUAUGCUUAGGGGUGCAGCUUUUUACUGCGGGAUUGGGGGAGAGGGAGAUAGGGGGAGGGUGGUGGUGGUGCGGCAGGAGCAGUUUCUUUUUUGGUUGUCUUAAGCAGCAGCAGUUCCCCAUGGCUCUUGCCUCGCUAUGCUUGAUUCAUCCUUGUGAACACCAGGACCCUGUUUGCUCUGCCAGGAUGGGGUCGAUUCACCAGGACUCUGUUUGUUUAUAAGGAGGUUGUGAUUAUGCGAUGGAUGGGGUUAGGGGUCAAUGAAAGUUGACGGGUUGAUGAGUUAUCUUUGAGGACCUGCUAUGCCGAGUCACGCUUUUAUAGGAAUAGAGAUAGUAGGGCUUUUUAUUUCUCUCAUGUUUGUAUUUGUGUUCAAUGCAAAUCCUUUACAGUGUUUAUG